UGUGCCAAAAUCAUCAAAAUCAAGAUGGCCGAGCCUUUGUCCGUGGCGGCGAGUGCUGCUGGACUCCUAGCAAUUGGAAUCGAGAGUUGUAAGAUCCUCGUUGCCUACUAUGAUGGAUUUCGGGGUCUCGAUACGGAUAUCGACAAUCUCAAGAUCAAGUCCGAAGGACUUCUGGAUACACUUCAAAUCAUUGACUCUCUCCUCAGCAAGCCCGCCACAAGCCUUGCUAUAGAUCCUGCCAUAGCCGCCGACAUCAAUACGAAGAUUCUGGCAAGCGAGAAGUGGAUCAACAAAAUACAGUCAAGAUUUGCGGAAUGGUCUGUUGUCUCCCAGCGUACUAGUAUAGGUGGUAAGAUACGAACAACUGGCAAGAGAGCUAUGUAUCCCCUUCGGCGAGAGACUCUAUUAGAUACUCUCAAGAUUCUCGAAGGACUUCAGACGAAUCUGCACACGGCGCUUCUGGCACUGCAAAUUCAAGACGCAUCUACACUGGCCAAACAGACCGAUAUGAUACGAACAGUGCAGAAUUUUAGCACCACGAUGUUGACCAGAAUGCAACAGUACGAGACCAGCUUGAGCAAAAUGGUACCUGCGUCUCUGGCUGAGCCUUGCAAUGCAUACUGACUCCUCCUAGGAGCUCACGAUCCAGAAUCUAUCGACGACAACACUCUCACAGCAGGCCCAAGACAAUGAUUGUUCACAAAAGAGCUCGAGAUGUCUUACCCAAUCGAGGAAUAAAUUCUGCAUGUGUCCAAGAUUAGCAGGAGGAUUCCGAUUGCAUCAGGCUGCUUGUCCUCUCUAUAACCGGUCAUGGCAAUCCAUAGCACGAUCGAAAAGGCUCGCAUUUUCCAGUCACUGGCUAGGCCUCUCAAUUGAGGCAGCACUAUCCAUAUCGACGGGAGCAGGCAGUCUCUCCUUAAGUCCGACACUUAGGUUUCAUCCGAUUGUACCGCUUCAUUCACCUGC